AUAUUAUUAAUUUUUCUCUCUCUCUCUCUCUUAUUCACGGCUAACUUUAGUUAACUAUGUACGUACGUACGGUCACUGACCGAACUACCUACUACUAACAUACAAUACAUCAUCGUCACCCAUUAUCACUUCUCAUUAUAAUUAUUACCAAUUCCCACUUCCCCAAGCCUUGACUCCGGUGGACCACCUUUUUCGAUCUUGUUAUUGCGGCUGCUUUGACCACCCGUCAACCAACUACGACUUUCUACUACGUUCGCACUUACGCCUCUCCUAUCUGCCUCUUUUUUUUGUUUUGUUUUUUUUUUGUUUCCUUUUUCUAUUUCUAUAACUACAUAAGACUUUCUUAUUUCUUCACCUCCAAUACUCUUUCCGGUCCCUAUCUGCUGUCCUUCUCCACACUUUCAUAGUUUCAGCUCGUCCUCGACUUCCCGACAUCUGCUGAGAUAGUUAAUUCUCACCUCGAAACGGCGCAAGAUUAUGAGUGACAGUGUUUUCUAAAGAUCUGCUCACGAUGGAUGGCUCCAUCCCUCCGUCAUCCGCUAUUUCUCCCAUUUCUCCCUCGCCAUCCACUUCCUCAUCCAUCUUUCGCCCCCGCAGAUCCGACGACUGGCACGAGUACCGUCCGAUCAUCGAACAACUCUAUCGUGACAAUCAAUUAAAACUCAGAGAUGUUAAGAGAAUCAUGGAGCGUGAUUAUAAGUUUCAUGCAUCAGAAAAACAAUACAAAGACCGGCUGGCAGCCUGGCAUGUUCGGAAGAAUAUAAAAGCCAAAGAAGUUCAUGUGAUGAUCCGAAAACAACAAAAACGAGCUGCCCGCGGAAAGCAAACUGGCUUUCGAGUCGCCGGUCAAGAAGUGGAUUCGAAACGUAUCGCUCGUUUCGUCCGUAGAUACGGCACUCAUUGGGAUAACAAAGGUCGCGCCGAGUCUCAGUCCCAAUCUCCACCUCAACUUCAACCUCAGUCUCAACCCGAAACCCAACCGCAGACCCAUCGGUCAAGCCCAGAGCCUGAUACUCCAUCUGAUAUGAGUUGCUAUACUCCCGAGCCCGAUGCUAGAGAUAGAAGCUCGACUUUGUCUCCCCGGCCAGAGACGAUGUCACCUCGCAGUCACGACAAGCUCAAGAUAGAACAGACUCCUGCUUCAGAGAUUGAUGAUAAUCAAUCUUUGCCGACGACAACUUAUAGCCCCAACUUACCAAACGACGCACCCAAAACCACGGAUGAUGUGUCAUGGAAGGAUCUUGAUUCCUUUCAAAAUCGUCUUCUCGCUCUUCACGAUACUCUUGAGGCCUCAAUGGCCGGAUUUAUAUACCCUAAUGAAGAUGAAAACCGCACACCCCUUUUAUGAGCGGCACGGAUUAUCUAGAGACGAAGAGUGAGGAUCUGCCGAGCCUCUGGGUUCAUUCUUAGAUGUUGUCAAUUCGACUCCCCUGAUUCCCCCCCCACCCCCACCUUUAUUAUUCCCCGCAGCCACUUCAUCGUUAAGCACUGAACGGUCUUCACUCUGUAACACUUCAUCGCCCCAAUCCCUUUUAAGCG